AUGGAUUUCAAACAAAAGUUGUUGGAUGCGAAGGAAUAUAAGAACAUUAAAUGGACGGUUGAACUGCUGAUCAAUCUGAUAUCGAAAACUGCAUCUACCUUCUUCAGACUUAAUAACAAUGCGAAGAUAUUACUAGAAACUAAAUUCAGCUGUGAGUUGAGUGAUAAAGCAGCAUGCUUCAACACCAGAACUUUCCUCAAGAGUCUUUCCUUAACUGUUGAGAGACUUCUCUUGCUGUUCAAAAUUUUAUGUGAAAACAUCCGGUUCCACUACGAUUACAUGGGCGUUUUUCUAGAUGAAAUAGAAUUCCCAAAAGACUCUUUUUAUGAAGAACUCGACUUCGAAAAGAGGGAAGUCUUAGACCAAGAAGUUGAGGACUACCCUGAGUUUUUCCCAAACUUCUUCUGGAUUCCUGACGAUGAUAAGAUAGAGCAGAUCAAGAAUGGUAUCAUCAGGGUUAAUCUCAACUCUAUCGGAGUUUUUAUCGAAUGAUUUUAUGAAAAUUACACAAUUAUUUCUGACAUAAUGGAAGAGUUUAUGGCUGAUUCGAAUAAAGACGACCAAAAAGAACUCAGGAAGCUUAUAUAUUAUCAAUCCAUGCUAAGGAAAUGUUAUGAAUUCAUGUACUCAUCAAUGUUCAACUCUGAAGAUGAAAUAUAUUUUCAGGAAGAAGACUCAGAAGAGUGGAAUACCUUCCUGAACUACUAUUACCAGAAUGAUCCAUUCCCAGAAGAACGAAAAGUAGUCAAGGCUUACUCCAAUUUCUGAGAAUGGGUGAUUCUUGCUAAUGCAACCAUGAGUAAAGGGCUCAAACAAACUGGAAGUAUUAAUAAAUUAAUUCAAACUGGUAAAAGUGCAUUUACUUUCUUCAUGAACAAGACGAAGAGGGUUGACCAGUACAUGACAUUUAUAUCAAACCCUGACGUCAAAUUAGCCAAGUCAAUGUUUGAAAUAUUUGAUCAAAAACAUGUUGUAACUGCUUAUCAGCUUAAUUUAUCUAAAGUUAUGAUCAACCAGCUUAUUUAUAUUCCAAAAUUAAUGCCAGAGCUGGAUAUAAACAAAAUGAAGGAGCUGUACGCACCUGAGACUAUUGCUAAAUUAGAGGAGAUUAAGGGAUAUCCAAACCAGUUCUAUUGCUACGAUAGAGAUUUCUCUAAUAGAAAAGCGUCCGAGUUCUUGUACAACAUUGAUCAUAAUCCUGACACUCAUGUACAAGUGCGGGUGUUAUCUAAUGUGAAGCUUCCAUUCAGUUUCUCGAAGUUCCAAUAUCGGAGGCUUGACCUGGAGCUACUUGAUGAUCAAUAUGAAUAUCUUUUAGACAUGGCUUCUGACUACAAUAUUCAAGUCGAUGAAAAACUAAAUGAAGUUAUGAAGACAGUCAAGAAAAGGUUCAAAGAAGAAAAGCCCGUCAAACCCAUCACUAAGGUUGUUAUUCAUAUCCAUGGAGGGGGGUUUAUUACCAUGUCUUCUGGGAGCCAUCAAGUCUACACAAGGACUUGGGCUAAUAAACUCGAUUGCCCAAUUUUCUCGAUAGAUUACAGACUUUCUCCAGAGUACAAAUAUCCUGCAGCCAUUGAUGAUGUCUGGCAAGCUUACACCUGGAUUGUCAGAUAUGGUUUCAUUCAACUAGGAAUUCUACCUGAAAAGAUUGUUCUCGUUGGAGAUUCUGCAGGAGGGAAUCUGGUAGCAGCUAUAUCAAUGCUGGCAGUUCAGUGAGGAUACAGAAAGCCUGAUAAAAUAAUCAUGUGAUACCCUGCUUUAUCAAUGAGCAAAUCUGUAGUAUAUCCCUCUUUAAUCUAUUCGCUAAUUGAUCCUAUUUUAAGCUCGAAUUUCCUUGAAAUCUGAAGAGACUCCUACCUUUCUGAAGAAUGAGAAUGUGACAAAGACCCAUAUUUAACCACUCAUUUUGCUGACGACAGAGUAUUAGCUCGGUUUCCUCCUACAAUCAUAGCUGUAGGCUCGUUAGACCCUCUAAGAGAUGUGUCCUUCCUUCUAACGCAGAAGAUGAUCAAAAAUAGUUGAAAUGUCCAACUUGUGGAAUAUGCAGACUAUCCUCAUGGAUUCUUAACAUACUGAGUCCCAGUUAUAGGUCUCUCAGAAGCCAAAAUGCCAAUGGACUGUGUUAGAGCUAUGAUAGCAGAUGUUUAG